CGAGGUCCCCGGCGGGCGGGCGGCAGUCGCAGCCGUGGGUCCGCCCGGGGGGCGGCGGCGGCCGCGAGGAGGGGCCCAGCCGGCGCCACGGCGGACCGCCCGAGAGGGGCGACAUGGACCUCAACCAUGGCCGGCUCUUCCGGCUGCUGAAGCUGGUGCAGCGCAACCCGGGCACGGUCCCGCCGAAGGAGCUCUUCGCCCGUUGGAACGACUUCUGCGACGCCCGCGCGCCCCAGGACAGCGGCCGGCCGGUGCGGGACCCGAAGCACCUGGGCCGGGACCUGAUCCUCGCCUUCCUGCAGGAGUUGCCGCGCAACUUCUGGGUCUUCCUCACCAAGAAGAUCCAGGCGCAGGGGCGAGAGCGAGGUCUGAACGACACCUGGACCGAGUUCUGCGACGCCCACGCGCCGCGGUUGCCCCAGAACGAGACCAAGGCCAUCCGGGACCCCAGGAAUCUGGAGCCCAGGUUCCUCAUCACCUUCAUCGCGUUCGUGCUGGAGAAGGACGAGGACGGCGGCGUCGCCGCCAUAAUAGAUGACUUCCAGUUCGACUUCACGCUAGAGGAGCGGCCGGCGAGGGCUCCCGCGGCCGAGGCGCCGCGCCGAGGAGCGGCGGGCGGCGGCGGCGGCCACGUCAUCGGCAGGGACCCGCCGCUGGCCGCCGGGCGGGGCGCGGAGGCGGGCAAGGCGCGCCACGCGCGGGCGCACGGCUCGUUGCACAGGCUGCUGAAGUUGGCGCCCCCGCUGGCCGCGCGCGCCAUGCCUUCGGGGUCAAUGCGCCUGUCGUCCAUGAGCCGGACGAGCGUGAAGCCGACCUCCUUGUCGUUCGGCACAGCCACCAUGUUGGUGCGGCGCAGCAACGAGAAGGCCAGCUUGACCAGGGGCAACGUGUUGGUUGGUCUGCUUCGGUGGCUAAGCUGCGACUUGCUUGCCGCUGCCGCCACGGUCUUCCACGACCAUCGAGUCCUGGGCCGCCAUUGCCUUCUGAACUGCAGCCUCCGCGAUGUGUUCCACAGCGUUCUGGAAGAGGGACUCCGGCUUGGUCUGCAAAAGUUGCUGCUCCUUCUGCUCUUCGGCUCGCCGGUGUUUUUCGAGCGCGUCCCGCUUGCUGGCUUCAGUUUUCUCCACUUUCAGCACGGCGCCCACGAUGGAUGUGUCCGCGACCGCGGCCUCGCCAGCGCGCACGCGCCAGAUGGCCGCAGCCUGGCCGCAGUCCUGCAGCCCAGCGUCCUCAGUGGUUGCGCCUCCAGAAAGGCCUCGCCCAGCAACACGAGGAAGGGCCUAGGAAGGACCCAGUUGUUCUCCUCGAGCGCUGCUGCGGGCCUCGCCACCAAGCCGCGCUGGAGCAUGGCCGCCGAGAGGUGCGGGCAGUGCACGGCCAAGACCUGGCCGAAGGAUGACCGCAAGCCUCCGAAGUCGGCCACAUCGAAAGUAACUGAGGAGGCCUCUGGGAGAGCAGCGAGCGCCUUCACCGACUCCAACUGCCAGAUCGACGCGCCCAUGACUGCAGGCAAGGCUGCACGUAUGCAUACGCUGAUCCUCCGGCAGUUCUUCAACCUGUACACGGCAGGCUCGACGCGGCGAAAGCAUCGGGAGCAGCACCCGGCACGAGUCAAGUCGAUGUCGUUGGUUAUUCGGAUCUGCCUGUUGGCGCGCGCAGACUCCGGCGGGGAGCGGGUCACGAAACGCACGCCACUGCGCCUGGUCGGCCACGGGGGAGCACGCGUGCCCCGCGAGGGCAACGAGCCCACGCCGGCUUCGGACGCCCGGCUCGGCUCUCUCCUGCCCAUGGUGUUCAACCGCUGGAACGACUUCUGCGAGCGAACCUCGCCUUUGCCGUCGGAGCGCGACCUCGGCUUCCAGCCCCAGAACCCGAGGCCCAUCAGGGACCCGAAGCUGCUGCCCAAGGAGAACAUCCGCCGGUUCCUGGGGCACGAGCUCCCCCGCGGCUUCUGGGUGUCCCUGGUUAAGAAGAUUCAGGGCGAGAAGUCUCAGGAGUUUGGCAAGGUGUGGGAGGCGUUCUGCGACCACAACGCCCCGCGGCUCUCGCAGGGCAAGGGGUCCGCCGCCGUGAGGGCCUGCCGCGCCGCGGCGAGCCCCGCGAUGCCGCGGGAGAGCGCCCAGUGCGGAGGGCGGCGGGGGCAGCCGCGCCGCAUGUCGCCCGAGGGCCCCGCGGCCGCCGCGGGCGGCACGGGCCGGCCCGCCGCCAGGCGCGUGUCGUUCGACCCUGCGCUGUGCUGCCCGCACCUCGAGAGCGACCUGGAGAGCGACACGACGCAGGUCCCCGACGUGCUGUCCCCGUCGCUCCUCAGCUCGCUGGGCUCGCCCGGCCGCGAGCUCCAGGCCCCGGGGCCUCCGCCGCAGGCCGACCCGACGGAUUCGCCUUGGAGCGCGGGAGCCCGCCCGCUCGGGCGUUGCCACGCCAGCGGCGGCGGUGAGCUGGCCGAGGCAGGCCCGGUGGCGCCCGCGGGCCCCGCGCCGGCGCCCGGGGAGGCGGCGCCCCAGCGAGCCCCGGAGCCCGGGCCAGGCGCCUCCGGGGCCCGCCCCGCCGCCGGCGGCGAGGGCGCGGCGCAUCGAGGAACGGCCGGCGCCGUCGAUCCGGGGCGGGGGCCACGUGGCAGCGCCGGCGCCGGAGGAGGCCCCGAGGUCGAGCAGCGGCACAGACCCGCGACCACGAGCGGACCCUGGUUCACCAAGGGCUCCCUCGAGGGCGCGAAGUUAUUCGCGCUUCGCGCUUCGCGGUCCUCGCUCCUCCUCCCCCUCCUCCUCGUCCUCCUAUUCUCUCCCUUUGGGGGGGCGGCGCGAGGGCGCGAAGUUAUUCGCGCUUCGCGCAGCGCGAAGCGCGAAGCGCGAAGUUGGGAGCCCUAG